AUUCGACAACAGUCCGCCAUUUUCGUAUGGAAAUUUGUUGCCGUGCUUUAGUAGAUUUUUUUUGUCAGCUCACAUAUUGAAAAGUAAUUAUUAAGUUCGAUUGCUACUUCAAGGUUAUGGAAGGUCCAGUGAAGCUGAAAAUUGACGAUCGGGAUGUCUGAAGCGCAGUUUGAAAGGUCGAACAGCCGACAGUCCCUGAGCAGUGACGAGGACACCGAUGAUGCGGAGCCGCUUGACCAUGACUAUGAUCUGCCUCAUGUGAGGUGGAAGAAAGCCAUCAAUAAAGGCAGGUGGACAAAAGAAGAGGACGAAAAGCUCCGCAAACUUGUGGAAGUACGAGGCAUCAGUGACUGGAAAGCCAUAUCUGAAUACUUCACUGAUCGCACCGAUAUCCAGUGUCAGUACCGGUGGUAUAAGGUACUCAACCCAGACCUCAUCAAAGGACCUUGGACAAAGGAGGAGGAUGACAAGGUUAUUCAGCUGGUUGGAGAGUAUGGCCCUAAACGUUGGACACUAAUUUCUAAGCAUCUCAAAGGCAGAACUGGAAAACAGUGUCGUGAAAGGUGGCAUAACCACCUCAAUCCUGACAUCAAGAAAACUGCGUGGACAGAAGAAGAAGACAGACUGAUUUACCAACUUCAUCGUAAACUUGGCAACCGCUGGGCAGAGAUAGCCAAAUAUCUUCCUGGACGGACGGAUAAUGCAAUAAAAAACCACUGGAAUUCUACGAUGAAGAGAAAGUAUGAACACGAAGAAGCACGGCGGAUAAAUAGUCCGGUUCAGAUUUUCACGCACCCCUACACUCCAAGUACCUCCAACAACCUUCAAGGAAUUACUCCAGUCCAGCUUUUUCCCAAUGAUGUUGUCCCCAAAAAUGUUCCCUUGAAUGGAGGUUAUGUGUCGUCUGUGACUGGAGGUCAAGGUUGGGUGCAAAAUACUGCACCUUCGGCAUCCAGUCAGAACUUGCAGGUGAUCUCACUGCAACCCUCAGACAAUAUUGCAACUCCUCUCAAAAACUUUGCCAAUAUGGCAGAUGCCAUGAUGGAAGUAAACACUUUUGGAGGUCUGUCUUCUUUGGACCUCAUCAAUGGCCUAGAAUCCCAAACAGGAGUAACCCCUAUUAAGUUCACAAGCCUGCAGAAGAAAGGGUCGACAGGUUUGAGGUUUGAUGGUCACUCUCUCGGCAAACUGAAGAGCCCGGGCGGUCUGAUACCAAUUACCUCCCCUGUAGCUCACAAGCUCACAACACCUCCAGCCAUCUUGCGCAAGAGUAAGCGCAGGAAACAGCGCAACAUUCGUCCCCGUGAAAGCUACGCUAUCGACAAGGGAUAUGGUCAUGUGGUGCCAACAUUUCUUGUCGCGGAUGAGGACCAUGAUACCAAUGAGAAUGAGGAACCGUUUGGUCUGAGUGGCAUUAAAUCUGAGCCAGAGACACCAACAGGCACACCCAUCAAAAACUUGCCAUUUUCUCCGUCACAGUUUUUGAACAGUCCUGAAAUCCCCUAUGGCAAUGGUAAACUGACCUCUACUCCUGUCGGCCAUCAGAGUCGGAGCUGUACUUCUGGUAUUGACACUCUGAGGACUCCUGUGAUGAAAGAUACAGACAACUCUAAACUGAAUACCCCACAUCUGAAUCCGUCUCUGCUGGACGCCACUCCACGGACACCGACUCCCUUCAAGAAUGCUCUGGCAGAGAUAGAAAAGAAGGCUGGGGCACAGAGACAAUGGAGCCCUGGUCAGUUAGUGGACCUGGGGGAGAUCCUGAAAGCAGAAUGUGAUACUGGUUACGAAGGGGACCUGUCAGCUGGGAUGACUCCAUUGACCCACUCUAGACACUCCAAGAGGAAGCCAAACAAAGAGCAUAUACAGCACAACCGCGUUCGGCAGUCGUUGGAGGAGAAGUGGUCGACAGACAGGGACAAGUUCAGUGUGUCACAGUCGCUGUUGAUGUCUCCAGAGACUCCAAGCAAGUCCCUGCUGGGCGACACCAGUCUGCUGUUCUCCCCGCCAUCCAUUAUAAAGGACACUCUCCCAGAGGAAGUUCUCGAUGUCUUUGCUCUGCCUAAAUCUCCUGGAUCUUCGUUCCAGGUAAAGAAAGCUAAGAAGUCAAGCAAGAGAAUCCAGUUUACUGAUAUUCCAAGUAAAGCUGUGGUGAAGUUGGAUGCUAACUUUGAACGAGUGGCUUGUGGAAUGACUACUGACCAGUUAGAAAUGACGGAACUAGCUAAGUCGUAUGUGACGUCUCUGAAGCCACGGACGCUGAUCCUCUAGAUAGUGCUAUGUGGAUGUUUGUCAGAUACAGUGAGUUUCCUUGUGAUGGCGGACUUAACAGGAACAGAUAAAUCUACAGAUGUUGUGAUUGUGUCGGCAUAGUUCGAUUCCCAGGGAAUUUCAUCUGUGGACGUUAUCGCAAUAAGCUGUGUAAAGUUCUUGUGUGUCAUUGAAGUCAAAAGGAAGAGAAUGUGUUCAUUUGAAGGCUAAGUCAGAUUGAUGGACAAUAACCUUACCUAUUAGCUUUGGCCGGAACUCUAGGCGUGACUUGAUAAUAUUUGUUGGUUGUCGCAUUUAUGUACAUAUAUAGUCGUUUCCUUGUAUAGUGCCAUUCUUCUGUUACGAAGAACAACACAACUGAAGACAACUGGUUCAUUUUGGAGACAUAAACAAGAAUUUUAAAAGUUUUAAUUUUCAAAGUUCACCUGUGAUACGCUUGAAAAAGAAGGCCGUUACUUCUCAAUACCAUCAGCUUUGUUAUUAUUUAUAUUUUUAUGGAUGUGUCGUGAACUGUGCGAGGUUAACAAGCAAGUCUUUAAUUUUGGAAUUUUGAGAAAAAUACUAAAAGCUGUGACAUUUACUGCUAUUCAGUGUUGCUGAAAGUAAGCCCAUUAAUUUCAUUUGUGUUCAUUUGAAUACUAAUUAAUUACACUUAACACAAAGGCAAUACAUUAUUCAAAAUGAUCAAAUUUGAGUGUUGGAAUGUUUCGAUAUUUGUUCAGACAUCUAGUCAGUGUCAUUGCUUUCAUAACAUCAGUUAGGUGCUUUCAUGAAAUCAUUUCGGUGCCUAGACUUACUUGCCUCAUUUACGACCAACUUCUACAUUGACGUUAACAAUUUAAAAAAAUAUAAAAAUGACAUGACAUUGCAAUAUAUUUGUAUAAAAAGCCUGAAUACAAAAGUAAUUAGACUUGAGGCAAGUUUUCAAUUAAAUUUUCAUUCCAACUGUCAACAAAUUCAAAACUUCAACAUUCACCCAUACAAACUGAGUAUUUGCUUGUUACAUCCUCACUGACUAUAUUUACUUGUUGUUGUUUGUACUUGUGUAAUAGACUAGUAUAAGUAUAACAUGGUUGUAAAAUUUGAAAAAUAUUCAGUCCAUACCAAUCAUUUCAUGUAUGUGACCUAUUUUAUGUAUGUCAUGUCACAGUGACUGAUCCUACAGACAAAUUAAUUGUAUGUUAGAUAAAGGUCAAGGUCAGUGUAUGACCUUCUGAACUUUUGACCUUGUCACAAGUUAUGUAUGAUAUGUUUUUAUGACAAUGUAAAUACAGUUUCUGUCGAUGAAUAUUGUGAUUCAGCAAGAUUUCACUGGCAUGUCGAGGAAUUUACAGUUAUGUUUUGUUACGUGAAUCUCAGUUGAAGUUGAACAUUUACUAUGUAAACUUGAAAGUGCACAUUCAUAUGUUAUUCACAAAACAUGAAACAAAUACAGUUCUAGUCUGAUUAAUAGAUGCAGUUAGAGUGCUUGUUUGAAACAGCUUGUGUAUACUCAGCCUGAUCAGAAUUGAUUAGAUAAUUAUUUUGAAUUGAGUUCUAGUGUAAAUGGGCUUCCCUUCAUUCAAGUAAUCUCUUAAACUUUGGAUGUAUUUAAGAAUUUGAUUGCCUGAGAAAGUAGUGGUAGUUUCAUCUCUCUUAGAAAUGAAUGCUUGGUCUAGUAUUCUGUUUGCUUGUCUUUGAAUGAAUCUAUUUUUCAUAAGGCUGCUUUGGAACAUUUCGAAAUCAUUACGUGAAGUGCUAAAAGCAGAAGUUGAGUUUACGUCGAAUCAUUUAAAUCUGUAAACUGAUUUGUUUAUUGUGAAUGUAAUGUUUGAUUUGUUAGUAGUUAGUUUAUUUAAAACAAAAUUUGGAGGCAGAAAAAUUUGGUAUUGGAACGUUUUGAUGAGAAAGGAGCGUCUAUAUGACAUAGGGUUGCCACACAAUCAUUAACGCAAACACCUGUUUUUAAUGGUAUUUCUUUUGAUAUUUAGCAUUCUUAAAAGGAGUUUGAAUGAUCAGUUGACUGGUUUGUGAAAUGUUUAAGAAAUUUCUGUUUCAUUAAUCUGAUUGCAUGAGGUUUUCUAUCUGCAGUUGUCCCAUUAAUAUAUGACAAAUUCUCAAGUGCAUGCACAGGCAUGGAUAAAGUUUUUAAUAUUUAAUUAAACAUAUAUCUGAUGGACUAAGAUCUUUGAAUUGAGUUAAAGUUUGAUAACCAUUGGCUGAUUUUCUCUCUGCUGGUGCUACAAUGUUUAUUGCAUGUUGAUUGCUGUCAAUCAUUCGUCUGUAACUGUCAAUCAAAGUUGUCACUGCCAGUGAUUCCAUUGUCUCUUUAUACCACACUAAUGAUAGCCAGAGGUCCAUUCUUAUGUUAGUGAUAUGCAAGUUGGUCUAGUAAGCUGAUAUAUUGUCUGCGGUGUAUAAAGUGCCUUAUGUGGAAUGUUCAGAUUGUGUUCAGAGCUGCAAGAUAUAUCAAUGUUGAUGAAGAUGUAUGUGUGCUCUAUGUCAUGGAUCGGAUGGGCCACAACAUCACUUGUACAUGGCUUCAAAACAUUCAUUGUCGAUUAUAAUGGCAUAUAUUUUUCUAAACUGUUCCUGCUAUUUGUAAACUUUUGUGUGAAGGAAAAAUAGAAGUUGUUCAAGUGCCUUCUGACCUUACCAUAAGCUAACAUGCUAAAUAAUGAUUUGUAUUUUUAAACUAAUAUUUGACUUAAAGCUGUUGGAUAAAUGGAACCAUUAUGAAGUGAACUUGUUGAUGUUUGAUGGUCCAGUGGAUUUGGAGUUGAGGUCUUGAGGUAUGGGUAUUGUGAAAUGCAAUGCAGCAUGAAGAUGCCUUCACAAUAUGCUGUAUCCAACAUGGUGGUCACCUCAUGAAGCAGCAGUCUGAGGUUGUCAUGACAACUGAAGUCUAAGGCUGCUUUCUGAAAGGGAUGAUUGUGGACUAAUGGUUGUGUUCUGCAUGAAUAAAGAUUUCAUACUUAGA